AUGCCGACGCGAAAACCAUCAGCAGCGUUGACUCACCCGCCGGAAGAGCCCGACGAGCGGGUACCCCUGUUAGGGGGGCACGAGACUGACCAUGGCGACCAUCCCAAGAUUACCUCCUUUCCCCGUCGUCGUCUCCUGCUCCUUGUAUGCCUUACUGUUGUCGCCGCUGACUUCGGCAACUAUCUUGGCUAUGCUCCUCAUAUCGAAAUUCUUGAGUCAAUUAUUUGCCGUCGGGCUCGAGGAAGCAACUUGCUUGGGGUGGAUGACAACUGCAAGUCGCCUGAAGUGCAAGGAGAAUUGGCUCUGAUAAAUGGAUGGAAAGACACAUUUGACCAGCUGCCAGGAAUCUUCCUUGCACUACCUUAUGGGUUUGCUGCCGAUAGCAUAGGGCGUAAGCCCAUCCUGGCACUCAGCUUGGCUGGACUCAUUCUUGAAGAAAUCGCCAUACGAUUAAUAUUUUUCUUCAAUUCCGCCCUCCCACUGCGGAUGAUUUGGACGACACCCGCUUUUCAAAUCAUAGGCGGUGGACCCCAGAUAGCGACCGCCAUGGCCUAUGCUAUGGUUACCGAUAUGGUGCCAAGUCACCAAAGAGCAUCUGUUUUCUUCAUCCUUUCUGCUGCAACUCUACUAGGCGAAAUUGUUGCUACUCCAGUUGCUGCAUUUCUAAUGUCAUGGAGCCCAUGGAUUCCUUCCAUAUUGGGGUUGUUCUUUGAGUGUUUGUCGCUCUUCGGAGCCCUCUUUAUUUCCGAUACUCCUUUCAACCCAGCGCGAUACGCCGACCAACAGGGUUUAGAGGAGGGACAAGAAGAAGAUGAAGGUGAAGACGAAAACGAAGACGAAGAAGAGCACCACUUGGUGCACGGUCCACUAUAUCUACGUUGGAAAAAUGCCAUAAGACAGCAGUGGAGUCACAUUCAGAAGGAUUAUGCAGCAUUAUGGAGCGCUAAUCUUUUCUAUACUGUCGGUGCAUUUUUACUUGCAAGUAUCGGUCGCCAAGCGCUACAACUUAUUGUUCAAUAUGCCUCAAACCGCUUUUCUUGGAGCAUUGCCCGCGCCAGUUCGCUCAUCACACUGAAGGGCAUUAUCAAUCUCGUCACUUUGUUGCUUAUUCUCCCUUGGCUUUCCAACUGGCUGAAUAAAAAUUUGCUUCUGUCGUCUGCGGCCAAGGACCUUCGUAUUGUCCAAGGCAGCGUAUGGCUCUUAACUCUGGGUUCAGCCAUCAUGGCUGUUUCCACUCAUCCUGCUGUGUUCAUAGUUGGCGUCAGCUUACUUGCAUUUGGAUGGGGCUUUUACUCAGCCCUACGAAGUCUGGCCAUGGAAUUGGUAUCGCCAUCGCAGGUGGGUAUUGUGAACACGGCGAUUGGCUUUGCUCAAAGUAUUGGUUCUUUGCUCUCAGGGCCUAUUUUAGCUGCUGCAUUCCGUCGAGGCCUACGGGAAGAUGGGUUUUUGGUGGGACUACCCUACAUGGUUGCGGCUGGUCUAUUCUUUCUAUCUGGUUGCUUAACAGGUUGUGUUCGGAUUCCGCGGGGAAUGAGUGGCGCCUGA